AUGGCGCCCCGCCGUCGCCGUGGCGCCGCCAAUGAUGCCGGCGACGAUGCCGGUUCAGAGCCGGAUGCGCCCAAGAACCGCCCUCCCAACACUGCCUUCCGCCAGCAGCGCAUGCGCGCCUGGCAGUGUGUGCUGACGCCCAAACUUAUCGUCACCAUCUUCUCCAUCUUGGCCGCCAUCUACCUCGGCUUUGGCGCCUACCUGACAUACCUGGCAUAUACGGUCCGGGACAUCCGUAUCGACUACACAAACUGCAGAGACGAAGCGACGAAUGAGUUUCGGCCGAUGGAUCCAAAGUACAUCACGGCGCACUUCUCGAAAACCGACAGCAAUUAUGAUCCCUACGAGGCAGAAUGGAUGACGGAAAGGGUGUCAGUAGAGGGCAAGGGCUUUGUUAGCAAUCGCACCUUCUGCCGCAUCAAGUACAACAUCCCCGAGGAGCUGAAGCCCACCGUCAGCUUUUUUUACAACCUCGAGAAUUUCUACCAGAACCAUCGCCGUUACGUCAAUUCGUUCAAUGCCAAGCAGCUCCUCGGCGAGGCCGUUGACGGCCGCACUAUCAACGACUCCACCUGCGGCCCGGUCGCUUAUGACCUAAGGGGAAGCGGCAAGAUCAUCUACCCCUGUGGUCUCGUUGCCAACUCCAUGUUCAACGACACCUUCUCAAAGCCGCUCCUUCUGUCCGUGCCUGGCUCGAACGCUGCGAACGAGACGUACGAGAUGGUGACCAAGGGGAUCUCAUGGGGCGGCAUGAAGGAUCUCUAUGGCAACACCAGUUACAAGCUCGACGAGAUUGUUCCUCCACCGAACUGGCGUGACCGAUACCCGAAUGACUACACCCCCGAGAACCCCCCACCAGAUCUGAAGCAAGACGAGGCUUUUCAGAACUGGAUGAUGCUGGCUGCAGCGCCCAACUUCUUCAAACUCUACCAGAGGAACGACAACGAUCCCAUGAAGGAGGGCCAGUAUCAAGUUGACAUCGAAGACAACUUCAAGACGACCGAGUACCACGGCCGCAAGGCUUUCGUCAUCACCACCCUCUCCACCAUGGGCUCCCGCAACAUCUGGCCAGGAAUCAUCUUCCUCAUCGUGGGCGGAAUUUGCUUGAUCCUCGACAUCUGGUUCAUCUUAUCAUUCUUCUUGUGGAAGCCCCGCAAGCUCGGUGACCCCUCGUACCUGUCGUGGAACCAGCCCUCGGCGCCUCAGGGGCAGGCGGCAUCAUAA